UUUUUUUUUGCUUCCGUCUGACUGGCCACACCAUCCACGCUAAACUACAUUGGGACAUUCCACCACGCUCGCGACAACUCCCAAAGAGUGACGGCUAAAGCUUAUCUCGCGGCAUGCCCUUGCAUAUUCAACCAUUAUCGACGGCGCAGGCGCUGUUCACAUUCGGCGGAACUCGGAAUACAUUACAUCAUCACAGCUGUACUGGAGCAGCAUACUCUACAACAAUGGCACAAAAAUUCAAUUCCAAGAAUCUCACAUACGACUCUGCUCCUCCGCCAUUUCUUGCAGCUCUCAAGGCACAAGCCGCGGGCACUCAAGGCCCGGAUCCUAUUCUAUCUUCUCAUAGACGGCCUACUAAAAAGCGCUCCGGCACCGAAGAGGCUGAGGAUGCACCUCUGGUUGUUGACGAGGAUGGCAACGCCAUAGCUGUCAAAGUGUCCAAGGAUGGUACCGUGGAAGAGACGGAAUCUAAGACUGGCAAUGAAGAGCAAGAAGCAUCACAAGAAGACGCCAAGGAUUCCAAAAAGGAUGAAGACAGUAAAAUUUCAUUUGGAGCACGGAAAAGAAAGGUUGGCAAAGUGAUUGGCGAUGCAGGGUCUAUCGAAGAAGACAAGACAAGCACAAAGGAAACAAAAGAGAACAACAAUAAGAAGGAUGAUGCUGUAGCUACCGGCAAGAAGCCCAAGAAGAAAGUAAAGAAGAUUAAGCUAAGCUUUGACGAAGUUUAAACGGCUUAUAACAUCAGAAUAACAAAUAAAAAUGUAAAACAUUAAACAAUCACAAAGGAGCCAGAUACGGUAACAUCGCGUUAUAGUCAAAAUGUAUAA